GGCACUUAUCAACUAGGCGACUAAAAUCUUUAAAGCGAAAGACUAAUGUGGCCAAGUUGGGGGAAUUUAGGGAAAAAAACAUAAUGGCAGUGUCAAGUAAUUAUUCCCAACUCCAGCGCCAAUUUUCACUCUCCCGCGAAAAUAUCUAGCGAGAGAGAUUAUGUAUUGGCUUAGGUAGAUGGUUAUCAGAGAACAGAGAGACUUGAUCUCGAACCUUCUUCCCUUGCUAUAACUACAACUUCUCUCCAAACGUAGGAGAUAUUUUUUCUCUCUCUACACAAAAACUCCUCUCAAGAGAGCCAUAAAAGAGAAGCCCCCGGAAUCUCCAUUGCCGGACCCAAUUGAUUUCGAUUGAUCGUCCUCUUCUCCCCCACAAACUGUAGCCACUACUUCUCCUUGUUCUAAUUCGCCGGUGGCGGCUUCCGUCGGGUUGUUGAGUUCCGGAUUUCUCACCCACGUAUGAACAGAUAGCAGGAAGAGGAUUGAGAAAAGUAGGGAGAUGGAUCGGGAAGGAGGUUCCAACGGUGGCGCUCAGUCUUCCUACUACGCCGUCCUUGGGAUCCGAAACGACGCCUCCUUCUCCGACGUCCGCUCCGCCUACCGCCGCCUCGCCAUGAGAUGGCAUCCUGACAAACGGGCUAGGAACCCUGGAUUAGCUGCCGGAGACGCGGAGCGUCGAUUCCAGCAAAUACAGGAGGCUUACUCCGUUCUUUCCGACCCGGGGAAGAGGUCAAUGUACGACGCCGGGCUCUACGAUCCUCUUGAGGAAGAAGACGAGGAAUUUUGUGAUUUCAUGCAAGAGAUGAUUUCUAUGAUGAAUAAUGUCAAGGAUGAGGGGGAUAGUUUCGAAGAUCUGCAAAGGAUGUUCGUGGAAAUGGUGGGCGGUGGGGAUGGUCCAAGCUUUGACCUAGGCGGCCAGAAUCAGACGGAAGGCAAGAGACCACGUGUCCACUCAUCGAAGGGUAAUCCCGCCAAGCGCAGCUCUACCCGAUGCUGAUGUGCCGCACCGGAUUACAAACCCUCAAACUGAAAUUUGGCUACAACUCGAUCGUAUGUUUUUUUUUUUGGUGGUGGUGGCACUCGACUUCCCCUAUUGUACUGGUACUUAUUUGAUCAAAAUCUAAAAACAAGACCGAUCAAUUUUAGUUUAGUUUAUUGAAGUGAAUGAUUUUGCUUGGUGUUUGGGGAUGGUGGGGAGGUGGUUUAUGUGUAGGGAGAGAGAAGUGGCUGUGUAUGUGGACAACUAUUUAGUGUUCAUUGCAAUAAAAUAUAUGUAGUGUU